AUGGCCUUCUCAGCCCCGCCCGUACGGGGCUCUUUCCGCGGCUUCCUAUUCGACAUGGAUCACUGGCAUACUGUGGGAAAAGAAAUCGGGGUUGCGCCAGAGGUCAUCCUCGAGACGUCCCACGGCCGGAGAAGUAUAGACAUCCUCAAGAUCUUGGCGCCUGAGAAGGCGAACUGGGAGUAUGUCAAGCACAUGGAGGGCCUCCUCCCACAAUACCACGGCGAGGACGCAUACGAGAUCCCCGGAGCUCGUGCGCUGCUCAAAGAAAUCGGCGAUCAUCACAUCCCUUGGGCAAUUGUCACAUCGGGAACAGUCCCUCUCGUUACUGGAUGGCUCAAGGUGCUCGGUCUGCCCAACCCAGAGCACCUGGUAACUGCAGAGAGCGUCCAGAAUGGGAAACCUGACCCAGCCUGCUAUAUACUGGGCCUGGAGCGGAUCGGCCUGGCCGGUGCUAACGAGAACGCAAACGUACUCGUGCUGGAGGACUCCCCCGCGGGUAUCAAGGCCGGCAAAGCGGCUGGAUGCAAGGUCUUGGGACUCGUAACAAGUCAUACCGCAGAACAGGUCAAGGCCGCCGAACCAGACUGGAUCGUCAAGGACCUGGACUCGGUCAGGAUCGUCGGGGUCGAGGACGGACUGGUCACGUUGGAAUUCUCGAACGGGCUGGCGGAGCUGCCCACGGAGAACGGCGUGGGCAUGGGGCCCCAAUGA